AGUGGGAUCUGGGAUCUACAAUGAUUCCAAUAUGGCUGCCAGGUUGUUCAAGGUUAUACAUCCUGAGCUCGCAAGGAAGUCGAAGAACGUUUCUGUUUCAAAUAUUUGGCGAUUAUUCGGUACUAGAUCUGAAUCUGUUGUGUAUUCUGAACAUGGAGAUCCAGAGAAAGUUUUGAGAUUAGAGUAUGCAGAAAAAGGCAAAUUUGGCCCUAGUUCUGUGUCAGUACGGAUGCUAGCUGCCCCAAUAAAUCCAGCUGACAUCAAUCAGAUUCAAGGUACUUAUCCGCUGAAACCAUCCCUACCAGCCGUCGGUGGAAAUGAAGGAGUGGGAGAGGUCAUAGAGGUCGGGAAGGAUGUGCAGAGCCUCAAUACAGGAGAUCAGGUCAUCUUGAAAGCAGAUCAGUGUUUAGGUUCUUGGUGCAGGCAAUUAGUGGUAUCAGAGGAUCAAGUUUUAAAAAUCCCAAUUGGGCUCCCUGUGGAAGCUGCUGCCACAGUCAGUGUAAACCCUUGUACUGCAUUCAGGUUACUGAAGGACUUUGAAGAUCUGCAGCCUGGUGAUACAGUUAUCCAAAAUGGUGCAAACAGUGGUGUGGGGCAGGCCCUCAUCCAAAUUGCAGCAGCCUGGGGCUUAAGUACUGUCAAUGUAAUUCGUAAUAGACCAAAUGUGGAGGAGCUGAAAAUUCAUCUUAAAAACCUUGGAGCUAAUUUUGUCAUUACUGAAGAGGACGUGAAAAGCCCUGAAAUGAAAGAAAUCAUUAAGAAUGUGAAACCUCCUAAACUUGCCCUCAACUGCGUCGGAGGGAAGAGCUCCAUGAACCUUUUCCGCUAUCUAGCGCCGAAAGGAACAAUGGUCACUUAUGGCGGAAUGUCAAGACAACCGGUUACAGUACCCGCGGGCUCCCUGAUAUUUGAUGACGUAAAUGUAAGAGGAUUCUGGAUGUCCCACUGGAAUGCCGAGCAUCAGAAAGAUGCCAUUAAACUAAACAUGAUGGAAGAAGUAUGCGAAAUGGUACAGAAUGGUCAGUUAACGUCCCCUCCUUGCAAGAAGCAUUCCUUAAAGAAUUUCAAGACGGCUAUUUCCGAAGCUCUCAAGCCGCACCCUAAAACAAAACAGCUUUUGAUAAUGACAGAGUAAUUUUGAACGUGUUGGUAAGAGAUUUAAAAAAGGACUUUAUUCCCAAGACCCGAAGGGUUACUCCCGCAACUGAUGUUUGUCGGCAAGUCAUGAGCGUCUAGGUUAUAAAUUUAAACAAAAUAUCCUAGUUAAUUACUUGUGAGAGAUUGAAAAGCUUAAUAAAUGAGGAAGGUUUGAGCAUAAUAAUCUUUUAACCAAUCACUUCUGGGCAAUGGAUGAGGCAUUUUUUUCUGCAAUUUUUGUUGGAAAAGUAAUCCUAUUAUCACUCUAAUUCUCGACCGUUUUGAAGUUUACCGGUCUCUUGGGGAAGAGACAGGAUCUGCCUCAGCGAAGGACUUUAAAUGACAAAGUAGGGACCUUAAGCAACCACGACGGCGACGGCAACGAGGACGGGGAUAAACAAGACAUCUAAUUGGCAGAA